AUGUCGCUGGCAUCGGCAUUCAUAGUACGGCUCGGCCAAAUGUUCAGAGACCCUCCUCGGGCCCUUGUGCGAUUGAGUAUCUUCGGCGGUCUUUCCCUUUUACUUAUUCUUAUCACCUGGAAGGGCUCAACCAGCUUAUCUUAUAGCUGGACGCCACCAAUCAGCGAGUCUGAGUUGAAGAACAUCUCCCAAAAGGCGAAGGAAUAUGCCGAAAAUCCUGUACAGGCUCCUUAUAAAAGUACGUUCUGGGAGGUCGGUCAACGAUCACGAGAGUUGAGUCAAUGGCUGUCAAAGUCUGACAAACUUGACCCGACUUCAAAAGUUGGGCGGCAGCUCCAGGAUGUUACGGAGAUAACAGCCCAACAAUUAUUCCCUUUCCUCCGGAAUCCACCACGGAAUCCCGGAUCAGAAACAUCACUCUCUGACCUUCGACACUCUUUUGACAGAGGGUCCAGAGGAAUUGUAAUUCCUGUUGGUGGUGGAGAGCAAUCAUUUCGCUUCGCUGGCCAUUUAAUUGUGAGCUUGCGCAAAGUCUUGGGCUGUCGCUUGCCUAUACAGAUUGUCUAUGCUGGAGAAAAUGACUUGCCCAAAAAGGAACGUGACAGGAUAGCGAAACUCACUGGCGCAACUGAUGUCGAGUUUCUUGAUAUCUUCACCAUCUUUGACGAUACUAGUCUGAAGCUCAAAGACGGAGGAUGGGCCAUCAAAGCUUUUGCAUUACUCGGAUCGCGCUUUGAAGAAGUCAUCCUCCUAGAUGCCGAUGCUGUGUUCAUUCAACAACCGGAAAGGCUGUAUGCGCAAACAGCAUAUAUCGAAAAAGAAGCGUUACUCUUCCACGACAGACUGCUUUGGCAACAUGCGUUCAAAGAAAGGCACGAAUGGUGGAAGGACCAGAUCAAGGAGCCUUCAGCGGAGAUGAACAAAUCACUUGUAUGGACAGAAGACUACGCUGAAGAAUGUGAUUCGGGUGCAGUAGUCCUCAACAAGGCGCGAGUAAGUACUCUUGUUGGUAUUCUACAUGUCGCAUGGCAGAACACAUACGAUGUUCGAGAAGAAGUCACUUACAGGAAAGGUCACGGGGACAAGGAAUCUUGGUGGCUUGGCCUUGAGUUUGGCGGGUCCAGUUAUGAGUUUGAGUCGCAUUAUGGUUCAAUGAUCGGCUGGGGUGAAAGCAAGGGAGCAUUCCUGUUGAAGAACAAAGGUGUGGACCCAGAUGGCUAUGAAGUCCCAGAGUACUGGAUGAUGGAUGGGGAAUGGCAUAAAGGAAGGACAAAGGAUGAUAUGAGCUGUAUGACUGAUACGGAAGUACUGGAGCUGACAGAUGAGGAGAAGCGCGUGUUGCGAGAGAGCAUUGAGAUUGCGAAGGAGGUAGACGUGGCCCUCAAAGGGGCAACCCCGCAAACCUGUCACUUCUCUCUGUCAAUAACCUUCCAAACUACAUCAGACGAUACAAUGACUGUACCAGCCUUUGGAUUCUCUGCCGGCGACUUCGUUAGCGCCUUGAAGUUAAUCGUCGACAUCACCCAAGCGUUGAAAAACACAGGUGGCGCAGCAGGAGAUUAUCUUCAAGUGCUGGCCGAUUUGAACCUUUUGAAAGACGUUUUGUCACACCUGCACCAACAGCAAACCGGCGCGACGAGGCAAAGAAGCAGCAAUCCUUUUGCAGAGCAUGCGCGGAAACAAGCAGAUCUCACUUUAUCUACACUAGCAAAUUUCCUCGACCUGAUAUCCAAAUUCGAUGCUAGCCUAGGUCCUCAAAGAUCGUCAGCAUGGUAUCGCGGUGUUGGUAGAAAGGCGCAAUGGGCGCUGGUCUAUUCGAAGCAUGUUGAUGAUCUGCGAUCAAGGAUUGGGACACAGAUUCAAACGUUAAACCUCGUCACUCAACUACAAGAAGAGUAUCUAGACCUGUCGAUGACUGUCCAGCUUCUCCAGAAUGAACAGGUCAUAACACAACUCCAAGAGCGCCGAAUCAUUAGCAUCGAAGAACUUCGAGAACAACUCAGUCUGCUUGACCUUCAGGACGAUGAGCAUCAACCUGGUAACGCACCUGCGCCGCCUCAAGUUAUUGAAGACUCUCAAUCGAGUGCAAAUGACCGACCGGUAGUAGCAGACGUGGAAGAGUCCGACAUAAAUGCAACUACAACCCUGGGGGACCAACCCAGUACUUUGCCUCAACAAGACAUGACUAGCCAACAAGAAGAGACUACCCAAACUCUUUUACCAAAGCUUCUUCGUGCCGUCAUACGAGAUCUGCACAAUCUCAUUAUGAAGGCCUGGUUACUGUUUCCAGGGCUAAUGAGACACUAUUCUCGCCUGUGCACGUCGAUGUCUAUGCCACCUCUCCUCGUUCUCGCUGAAAACAUCAGCUUUGAAGACGUGCUCGGGCGUCAAACGACGUUGCAGUAUGACUUCUUCAGGCACUGGGCGAAUGUCGAUAUGUUCCUCAAUAAACAGUUCGAGAACUGUCCAGGUCAGCAGUAUAUCGCCAAAAAGCAAUAUUUCUUCCUCGGUGCUGAUGCAGCAACAAAUAAGCUGAACUCAAAUGUUGAGAUCGCUUGGCAAGCAAUGGCCCGCCCCGGAUGCCAGAUUUCGAUGUCGAUAAAGAUGAUUGCAGAACAGAAGGACGUGUCAGAGGCCAAGUGCCCCAGCCCUGGUUGCAAAGGCCGUUCAGUCAAAAUAGACGAUGAGGAAACAUUUUCAUGUCAGAAGUGCGAUCUGACGUACUCCAUGCUGCCCAAAAACCCUGCAAAAGAACAAUCUAUCAAGGAAAGGAGAAAAAGUCCACAUAUUGGCACCUGCGAUGGACGAACCAUCGAUAGUGAGCACUAUGUCCCUAGGGAAGAGUCCAUUGAGAUCGAAGAAGGCCAAACGCAGAAAGGUCAUUUGGGUCUGGACAUGUUGCGGCUGUGGAAGUGGUGGCAUGAGAAUAACGGCGGCUAA